AUGAAUCGUAUUCAGGGUAUUCAGGGUACUAUGGUCCGCGCUGUACGGAUUCAUGACAUUGUUCAAAAGCAUGUAAAAUUAACCGACAAAAGUAAGUGGAUGGAUGUGAAACUAAGCGAUCCAAAACUCAAGUUCGAGAUUCUACGGGAUUGUACGUCUUUAAUUGGUAGAGAUAUCCCAAAUUUAGAUCUUAAUUUUAUCGAAACGGUCGGUGAUGCUGCCAAGUUUUAUUUGGGUGAAGAGAAGAAAGAUCCACGAAUUGGCCACCCAGUAGCAGCUUGGUUCAUAGAGAACGAAGAUAAAUUACCACCAAAUAUGAGUUUUAUCCCAUAUGUAAAAGAGUUAGGAGUAAAAAGAGAAAAUCGAAAAAAAAUACAAAAAAAGUAA